UAGAUUUCCAGUCUGCUCCUGUUUUGGCUGGCAAAAUAAAUUGCUCACUUUUUGUUGUUGAUAAUUUAAUCACGAAAUCUUGAAAUGUUGAAAAGCACACGUUUUUACCUCAGCAUUGUGUAAUUGGAAAUCUUACCAUUUUGUGGUUUAGUAAACACUUCUCGUCAUUUUCUCGCCGUUCUACGUGUUCUUAUCCAGUCAUGAAAUGGUGGUAAUUCCAAGAAACUUGGCGGUUUGUUAUUGAUCUAAGACAAGUUUCCGGAAAAUUCGUCAUGUUCAUCGGCCGUGUAUGAAGUGCUACAAGAAUUCCUACCGAAAUAUUACAUGGGCGGUAUGGACACUUCUGGAGAAGAUAACCUUGAAGUCCGACGAUAUGAACUUAAAAAUGCCAACCUUACAAAUCAUGCUGAAAAAGUUGGCCGUAAAAGUUUUGAGCUGCUCAAGGUUUUGGGCACUGGAGCAUACGGUAAGGUGUUCUUGGUACGGAAGAACUGUGGUCAUGAUGUCGGCAAGAUUUUUGCCAUGAAGGUCUUGAAGAAGGCGACAAUCGUGCAGAAAGCCAAGACAGCGGAGCAUACUAUGACAGAGAGACAGGUCCUAGAAGCAGUUCGUAGAUGCCCCUUUCUGGUUACUCUACACUACGCCUUCCAAACGGAUGCUAAGCUCCAUCUUAUCCUUGAUUAUGUGAAUGGAGGGGAGCUUUUUACACACUUGUACCAACGGGAAAGUUUUUCCGAGGCUGAAGUUCGUAUCUACAUUGGUGAGAUCAUCCUUGCCCUAGAACAUCUUCAUAAGCUUGGAAUUAUUUACCGAGACAUCAAACUGGAGAAUAUUCUACUGGAUCAAGAGGGUCAUAUUGUCCUGACAGACUUUGGACUCAGUAAAGAGUUCUUGCCCAACACGGAUACAAGAGCCUACUCAUUUUGUGGGACGAUUGAAUACAUGGCCCCGGAGGUGGUCAGGGGAGGCUCAACUGGUCAUGAUAAAGCCGUUGAUUGGUGGUCAUUGGGGGUAUUGACCUAUGAACUCUUGACCGGUGCGUCACCGUUUACUGUGGAUGGAGAAAAGAACACACAGUCUGAGAUCUCCAAACGGAUCCUGAACGAACAUCCGGGAAUGCCUUCUAGUUUCUCCUCAAACAUGAAGGACUUCAUCAACCGGCUGCUGGACAAAAAUGCUAAGAAAAGACUCGGGUCAGGACCUGGCGGCGUUGACCAAAUCAAAAAGCAUCCUUUCUUCAAGGAUUUGAAUUGGGAUGACCUGGCAGAGAAGAAGGUCCAACCACCAUUCAGGCCUCACAUUAAUGGUGAAUUAGACGUCAGUAACUUUGCGGAUGAGUUUACAAACCUACCCCCUGCUGAGUCUCCUGCAGCAGUGCCCAAUACAGCCGACGCAAGAGUCUUCAGGGGUUACUCCUUCAUAGCUCCAUCAGUACUGUACAGUGAUAAUGCAAUUACAAAGGAUUUAUUGCAUCCUGCUCCUGACAAGAAUAAGCCAUCCCAUGACCAAAUUGCACAUUCUUCUAAAAUCAAGGAAUCUUUGUUCUACAAGACGUACGAAGUUGAAUUGAAUGCGGAACCACUUGGUGAUGGUAGUUUCUCAGUUUGUAGAAAAUGUAUACAUAAAAAGACUGGUCUGGCUUAUGCAGUGAAGAUUAUCAGCAGACGAAGAAAUUGCACUCAAGAAUUGAAGACGUUGCAACUCUGUCAGAAUCAUCCUAAUAUUGUACAGCUGCACGGAGAGUUCAGGGAUGAGCUCCAUACUUACAUUGUAAUGGAGCUUUGUAAAGGAGGGGAGCUACUGGAUCGAAUCCGCAAGAAAAGGCACUUUGACGAGUCGGAGGCAAGUUCUAUCAUGAGGAAAUUGGUAUCAGCUGUUGGUUUUAUACAUGAUCGAGGAAUAGUACACCGAGAUCUUAAACCAGAGAACCUGCUCUUCACUGACGACACUGAAGAUGCCGAGCUGAAGAUUGUUGAUUUUGGGUUUGCCAGAAUUACCAAUGCUAAUCAGCCCCUUAAGACGCCAUGCUUUACACUGCAUUUCGCCGCUCCGGAGGUGCUGGGACAAACUAUUAAUAAAGAUGUGGGGUAUGAUGCGUCGUGCGAUAUCUGGAGUUUGGGUGUUAUUUUGUAUACAAUGCUGUCUGGUCACGUUCCAUUCCAAGCAUCGCGUCGUAGCGGCGAUAACAGCGCAUCUGAGAUCAUGCGUCGUAUUAAAGAUGGAAAUAUUUCCUUUGCUGGACCACACUGGGCUUCUGUGUCGGAGGCGGCUAAGGAUCUUAUCCAGGGUCUUCUUACCGUUAAUCCUAGCCAUCGGCUGACCAUAGAUGACCUCUUAAUCAAUGACUGGAUUCAGGGCCAGCAAGCAACCAGCUCUACCCCGCUUAUGACCCCAAACAUCCUCCUCUCUAGCAGUGCCUCAGUCCAGACCAAAGUCAAGGCAACAAUGUCUGCCUUCCACAAAGCCCAGCGGGAGGGCUUCCUCUUGCUAGAUGUCUCAAACGCUCCGCUCGCCAAGCGGCGGAAACUUAAAAAAGACUCUUCCACAGAGACGAGAAGCAGCUCCAGUGAAAGUACUCAUUCCCAGGGUUCCUCGCAGGGAUCCUCCUCGCAUGGACGAACGUCACCGACGCAUUGUCCCAAUAAUCCCAAUCCAAAGUGUGGUCCGGUCAGAACAGAAGCUCCUUCAACCCAGACAUCGACAGAGUUGCCUGCUUCGAAUCCCCAAGUUGCAGGAGUGACUCAAAUAUCCGAGCAUCCUCUUGCAUUUCUGUCGGCCGCUUCAAACUUAGGGAUGCCCCAACAGAGACAUGUCUCACCGUCAUCUUUUGUACCCCUCCAAGCGGCGAACCCCUUCCUCCAGUUGGCACAAGGAAAUGCAAAUCCACAUUGUAACCGUGUGAUGUUAGUACCUGUAGUCACCACUUGUGUAUCUGGCCAAGCACCACAUGAAGGAGCAGCUUCUGGGAGUGGAUGCAGGCUGGAAGGUGAAGUCUCUACAUCACAAGGUCCACCUCUUCCUUAUCAGCAUCAUCAUCAUCAUCCUAUACAGUACUCUGCCGUCAAUUUCCAACAUCUACCAACUAUACAGGAGAACCUAAGCCAGUGGCAGUCGGUCAUGGCACCUACUAAUAGUGUCACCUCAUUAGAUUCUGUGAAACCUGAAUCGAAGUAAAGAGCAGUAAAUUCUAAUUUCAACCUGGAAUUAAGAACAUAUUGAAUGUUUCACUUCAAAUCAAAACCAGGCUCACUGUUUUAAGAAGAUUCUUGAGAAUUUGCAUUUUAGAUUUUCCAAAUUGCAGGCCUGGAAUUUCAAAGGGCAAGGACAUUUUGCAAUGGGCACUGUUAUCAGGAAAUCUUGCAGUCUGUGGGAAACUGGUGAUGGGGGCCUAGACCAGGGGCAAACAUGGGCCACAGCCUCCAUGGUCUGCAGGUGAUUGCAGGCCUUAAAUUCACUAUCACAUUGCGCAGUAGCAUGGUGAUCGAUGAUCAAGGCUAAAUUGUGGCAAUGUUAUUUUUUGCCUAUUAAAUAGAGAACCUCUCUGUUGAUUUACCAAUUUUUUGAGAUGGUCAAAGCACCAUUCAAAACAAACUGAGGAGAGAAACCUGAGGUACCUUUACAAAGAAUGAACUGCUUAGAUAGAUACAUCAAUUGUAUUGUAUUGCACUCUAGCAUAGUGCCUUUAUCCUACAAAUUAAGCAUUUGAAGAAUCAGUCAGUAUUUGGCUUCAAAAGUCUCUUGACUAAAUUGUAUUAUAAAAAAGUAUUAUAAAGUACGUGUAAAUACCAAACUAUGUGCCUGUUUCAAUUGGACGAUAUAAUUACAAAGGGACCAAUCAAAAUUGUCUUAAUUAGGCAGGUGCUUUAUUGUUCUAGCUGUACUGUAUAAAUUAUUUCUAACCAACAUUUUGAAUAACGAAUCAGGGGUUGUACCUUGGUGGAUCACCAUUUUUGACACUCUGUGCAACAACACAUGCUGAAAUGAGGAAGGUUGACCGAAGAUCUUCUUCAGUUGUUGGUUUUAUUGGUCUAGUCACUGAACACCCGUUUCAGACAGGCGCUCCAGAGUCGCGCCGAACCAAAUUCUGAAUUAAGUACAUGAAAAGUUUGAUGUCUGAAACAGUUAGGAGCGACUGGGAGCGCUAGAAGCCGAAAGAUCACCUGUUGCAGUCGUUCGGAAUUACUCUGGAGUGCCUUGGUUUCAGACGUUGAUCUUGUCAUGAGCUGAGUCA